AGUAUAUGCGCGACGCUCUUGGGCUGCUGUACAUCGCUGGCGCCUCUCGCAGCUCCAGACGCCGAGCGAGUGGACGCAGCGAUGUGGAGUGCGUCACCACGGCGGGGCGGGCGCAGCUGGCGGCCAGCGUCCACAAGGCGACGCCCACUGCAUGGACCCAGCUCGGCGAGAGCGCAGGGAUUAACCACCUUGCUGUCCCGCCAGGAUGGUACGCCCCAGGAGACGCCGGCCGUGACAGGCGACGGCGUGCCGCUGGAGCAGGUCUCGGCCGACAACGCGGACAAGGAUGCGGCGGCGGCUGCAGGCGACGACCUCGACUUCGGCAUGAUGAAGAAGAAGAAAAAGUCGAAGAAGGGCGCCUUCGACCUGGAGGCGUUCGAGAAGGAGAUUGUCGGCGAUGAGGGCGGCGCGGAGAAGGCGGGCGGCGCGGGCGGCGAGGAGGACGAGGACCUCGGAGACGACCCGUUCCGGCAGGAGGGCGAGGACGAGGAGGAGAAGGAGGCAGAGGAGACGUGGCACGGCACGGACCGCGACUACACAUACCAGGAGCUGCUCGGUCGUGUCUUCUCCACGCUGCGCGCACAGAACCCGGCGCUGGCAGGCGAGAAGAAGAAGUACACCAUGGUGCCGCCGUCGGUGCUGCGCGACGGCAGCAAGAAGACGGUGUUUGCCAACAUUGUCGAGAUCUGCAAGCGCAUGCACCGCCAGCCCGACCACGUCAUCCAGUACCUCUUCUCCGAGCUGGGCACGGAGGGCUCCGUCGAUGGUGCGCAACGGCUCGUCAUCAAGGGUCGCUUCCAGCCGAAGCAGAUUGAGCACGUGCUGCGGAGAUACAUCAUCGAAUACGUGACGUGCAAGACCUGCAAAUCGCCGCGGACGCUUCUCAAGAAGGAGAACCGCAUCUUCUUCAUGGUGUGCGAGGCAUGCGGCUCGCAGCGCUCCGUCACGACGAUCAAGACGGGUUUCCAGGCUCAGACCGGACGGCGCAGCAAGAUGCGCGCUCAGACCUAAAAAGCCCGGUGCUGUCGCCGCGCCAUCGCCCACACAUCGCACAGACAUGCCUCUUCACUGUACUAUUUCUC